CAUCAGUGCCGCCCACACACACAAUCCAGCUGCUUCCUCCUCCCGCAACCACCAGAGGACCUUCACCCAGCAUACGUCGUGCGCUUCAUUACUUGUGUUCUCCGUGCUCGACCACAAGUCGAACCGCUGCCCAUCAUGUCGGAGGAAAAGGAUGUCGUCGAUUACUCCCUUAACAACCCUGAUACCCUGACCAAGUACAAGACUGCCGGCCAGAUCUCCGAAAAGGUCCUUGCCGCCGUAUCCAAGCUCUGCGUCCCCGGCGAGAAGAUUGUCGACAUCUGCCAGAAGGGUGACAAGCUCAUUGAGGAGGAGAUUGCCAAGGUCUACCGCGGCAAGAAGAUCAACAAGGGCUUCUCCCACCCUACAACCGUCUCGCCUGCCUCGUACAUCACCCCCUACACCCCCCUCACCUCGGAUGAGAGCGAGGCCUCCAUCGAGAUCCAACCCGGGGAGCCCAUCAAGAUCCAGCUGGGAGCUCAAAUUGACGGGUUCGGUGCCAUUGCCUGCGACACCAUCCUUGCCCAGCCCAAGGACAAGGCCGACGAGGUCGUCUCCGGCCGCCCCGCCGACCUGAUUCUCGCUACCCACUAUGCCAACGAGCUCCUGCUGCGGUUGAUGGUCCCUCCGGGUCUCCUGGCCCAGGGCACCGACGAGGAAAAGGCCAAGGCCGCCGCUCAAAAGGCCCCGACUCAGGCCAGGAUUACCAGCCUUCUCGAGAAGGUUUGCGAGGCCUAUGACUGUCACCUCGUCGAGAGCACCACUUCAUGGCUCUUUGACCGCAACGAAAUCGAGGGCGCCAAGAAGAUCGUCCUCGCGCCUGCCGAGGGCACCAAGGGCGAGGGCGUUCCUGAGCUGCAGGAGGUCUGGGGUGUCGAGAUGGGUGUCAGUCUGGGCUCUGGCAAGGUCAAGACGCUGGAUCAGCGCGCCACGCUGCACCGCCGGACGACGCAGACGUACGGCCUGAAGCGCCCCACCUCGCGCAAGAUCCUCUCCGAGGUUCAGAAGAAGUUUGGCACCUUCCCCUUCAGCUUGAGGCAGCUUGAGGAUGAGCGCGAUGCCAAGUCUGGCGUCGUCGAGUGCGUCCGCGGCAACGUCUUCCGCCAGUACGAGCUGGUCGGCGACAAGGACAACGCCCCUGUCGCCAGGCUGCUCACCACCAUUGCCAUCACCAAGAACGGCAUCACCAAGCUCGGCGGACCUCCAACGCUGGAUGUGAGCAAGUUCAAGACGGACAAGAAGAUCACGGAUGAGGAGGUUCUCAAGAUCCUUGAGCAGCCCCUGGCCAGAAACACGGGCAAGAAGAAGAGCAAGGGCAAGAAGAAGAAGUCCGCCAAGAAGACGGCUGCUCGUGCCGAGGAGUCGGACGAUGACUCGGACGAUAGCGAGUAAGGCCGGCGAGGCCCAGAAAGGAGGCACGGCGAAGCAGGCCCGUGUGCAGCGGGAGCCCUGACGAGCCGCGAUUCAGCAGAACCUGCACCCCCGUGAAAAAGGGCGGUGACUGGACCAUAUACACGGAGAACGAGCCAUCUGAAUUGACCUCCUUUGCAUUAGCCGAUGCAGCUCUUGGAGACAGGGCGAAACAUGACGGGAGAACUUUGACAAAGUAGUUGCAGAGGCAUUCACGGGUCAGGCCGGUUGCAAGCGAGAGUGAACAUGUGAGCCCCUCGGAGUUGCCGUCGUCAAGUGAGGUGCCCUUGCAGAAACGUGAUAGCCGCGUGCUAGCUGCCGCGCGAGUGACAUGACGUCUCGUGAGGAGGGCCCUUCUGGCUGACGAGGCGCACGGUCAAGUAUGGGUGCUGGUGGCACGGGUGUGUCCAACUGUGUCAGACAGACCGGAGGGACGGCACAGCAUACUUUGGUGCUGUAGGUGCCGGGGAUGAGGAGAAGCAGGCAGAUGCGGAGAGAGAAACUUGCCUGCCUGCCUGAUGUGACGUGGGGGUGACAGAACAUGCAGGCGGCGACGAAUGUCUCUGUGCCUCUGGAUCGAGGGUGGACGGCUUCCGUGGUGCGUGGGAGGUGGCUGUGGAGGAGGAGGAGGAGGAGGAGGUGAUGAUGAGAAUAAGGAAGAAGGGAGGGGGUCUCGCUGAUGACUCCCAUUGCCGCUACGAUCCGCCUUUGCACGCACGCACGCACGCACGCACGCAAGUCACGACCGAAAACGAGCGGCGAAGGCCCGCAGCGCAGAUGACUCCGACAGACAGACAGGCGACGAUGGAAAGGUGACGGGGGGUUCACUUCACACUUGGCGAGGCAGGCGCCCGAGGCAAACAAACAAGUGGAGGUCAGGGAAUCCAGGGGACCAGGGCAGUCGGCUACGAGUAGGUAGUAAUCUCGUCGACCACGACAAGGCGUCAGGGGCAACAACGAGGGCACGCGGUCCGGGCUGG